AAAGGUACUUCAACAUAUUUUCUCUCCUCACCCAUUUUCUCUCUCUUGUGGCAACGAGGAGUUUGGAAGAUUAUAUUGUUCAUCAUAUCAUAAUAUCACAAAACGUUGGUUGUUGAACAAAAGGAGGUACGUUCGAUCCAAAACACAAACACAUUGCCUAAAUCUUCCAAAAAAAAAGAAAAAAAUCCAAAUAAUAAUAUUUGUAAACUACACAAACUCGAAGGUGGGGUUUUUGUCAAAAACCCCUCUUCUCCUUCUUCACUGUGAGUGAGCAAAAACAAAAUGAAAAAAACCGACAUCAUCAAAUAUCAAUCUGGGGAUUUCUCAGUUUACUCUGAAACUGAAAAAAAAACAAGAAAAUCAAAUUUAUUAGAGUAAAAAUUAAUUAAAGAAACGUUUUUUUUAAUGAACCCCAUCUGUUCAUUUUGGCUGUUAAUUUGGGGGUUUUUCUCUGUUUUUCAGAUCCUACAUAGAAUCUUUCUGUAGCACAGGGUAUAGGGUUUUUCUGUAUUCCUUUAUUUUUUUUGGUUUUUUCUGUAUUCCAUUUUUUUCUUUUUAAAAUAUUUUUUUUUGGUUUUUAAAAUCUUGAUUUUGUGCUGCAUGCUGGGUUUUUGACCAAGUUGCUGUUUUUUUUCUUCUUCAUUUUUUUCGUUAAUUUGUGAUUGUUUUUAGGUAAUGGGGUCAGUCUGCAAUUCGUUUGAGUUUAGAGAAAAGGUCCCGGGACUUUGAAAUUUACCAUUUUUUUUGGGUUUUUUGUUUUGGGGGGGGGGGUGUUUGAUACUGUAGUUGAGUAAGCGGAGGGAUGGUGGGUAGUGGUAGCUCGAAUGUGGAAGAGGGCAGAAGAAAGGGAUUAAAUGCAACAGUUGGAGAGUUAGUGUGGGUUCAAAGGCGAAAUGGGUGCUGGUGGCCGGGUCAGAUUAUAGGUCUGGAUGAGUUGUCGGAAAAUGGUCCGUGUUCGCCACGAUCAGGGACACCCAUCAAGCUAUUGGGUCGAGAUGACUCAAGUGUGGAUUGGCAUGAUCUUGAGACAGCUAAAGGUGUCAAGGCCUUUCGUUGUGGAGAAUACAAUGCCUGCAUAGAGAAAGCAAAGGUCUCAGCACCAAAAUUCUUAAAGCGAUCCUUGAAAUAUCCUCGGAGAGAAAUUGCUAUUUUUUGUGCUCUUGAAAUUGAAAAAACCAACCUGUUAAAAAAUGGUUCAACCCUUGGCCAUACUCCAGACAAUGAAGCACUUGUCAAUUGCGCAAAUGGUUCUGCAUCCAUGUCUCAUGCUACCAAAGACGGUGAAUGUUCAUCUGAAGAAACAAGCUCAGAGGAAACAACAAGUGCUUGUGAAGAUAAUUCAAAUUCUACGCAAGAGCUGUCUCACUCUGGUAUAUCAUAUGAAGAGACUAAUGGAUCCACCUGCCUGCAGGGGCAGCAAUACAAAAGAAAGAGGAGGAAGACCCCAAAUGAUUCAGAAGAUGAUGGUAAUGAAGGGUUCAAGCGUAUGAAAGGACUCAAUGACUUGGGUAUAGGCUCAGAGCGGAAAAUUAGAGUUUUGGCAUUGGCUAAUCCAGGUCGAUCAAAUAGUAUGUCACUUAAUAGUACUCGUGCUGAUAAUUGUUCGGCAGUGGGAACUCUGGCAAAUGGAGGUGUUGUGCAGACAUUUAAGAAAAAGAGAUCUCAAGUGGUACAUAUUCACGAGCUCUUGAAGAGGAAAUAUCGCCGACGUCCAUUAACUAAGGUUUUGGAGAAUACAACAAUGGUUCCUGUUCGAAUAAUUUGUGAUGAAUCUGCAAAUCCUUUUGAGAGAUCUGAUGCUAUAUCUCCUUUUUAUGAAUGUAAAGAUGGUAAUAAGGAUACUGAACUGUUGAACGGACACCUUCCUGAGGUUGAUUCUUCAGACACACUAUUUGAUGCCCCAUUUGUUGACGAGGAACUGCACCCUUCUGGUUUCUCCCAAGUCUGGCAAAGUUCGUCCCCCUUAAAGCCUAAUAGUGUUGGCGUUUUCAAAGGGAAUUCCAGUCGCAAUGAAGCUUCUAGUCUAGAACAUGAUGCACUCGAUGAGGCUGGUCCUAACUAUUGUGCUGCCCAUGUGAAUGAGAAGAUGGAGAAAAGUUCUUCCAGAUGGCAGUCAAAAGGAAAAAGGAAGGCAAGAUAUUUGAGCAAAAAUGAUGAGACAAAUUCUCAAAAGUGGUCUGUUGGUCAUGAGAAGUUGGAUGCUUAUGGAAUGGGCCCUGAGAGUCCGGGGCAAUUUCCUCCAAGUUCAAACGGCUUAAUUAAUGGAUUCACAAAACACAUUUCUGUGUCUGCUACUUCCCCGAGAUCAUUCUCAUAUCAUCAACCCCGUUUCUUAGUUCAAUCCAGUUUGGAGUCACCUGAAGUUGUUCCACUGUUUGAGGUUGAAGUGACGGUGAAAGCUACCAGGCCUCAGGUGCAACAUGUUCCUUAUAUAUCUCUUAUGAGCAAGUUGAGUGGUAAACCUAUCACGGGUCAUCCAGUUGCAGUUGAGGCCCUAGAAGAAGAAGAUGGGUUUUGUGAUCUUAAGACGUCAAAUUACCCAGCAAGUGGAAGCUGUGAGUUGGAUGAUGAAGAUAUGGAAAUGGAUUUGGAUUUGGUAGUUGAGCCAAAAGCACGUAAAACCAAGCAACCUCAUUUUACACGUGGCAAACGUAAGGGUAAAUCUUCCAAGUCAAAAAAGAGACAUGGCUCUUCAUCGAAGAAGACAAGGAAGCUGUCUUCACUAACUGGUGUUCAUAAGCUAAACCCAGGGAAAAGAAAACUUAUGGUUCAGAGUAAGGGUCCAACACUAUCUUGUGUUCCCUUGAAGAUAGUAUUCAGUAGGAUAAACGAGGCAUUAAAUGGUUCUACAAGAUCAGCUCACCGUGCUGUGACAUUGAAUGACACAUAACAGUGAACCCCCCCAGGUUCCAUUUACAGUAGGCUGGGGGCGAAAACAUUUUACAGAUUUAUCUUUGUUUUUAUUUUUUUAUUUUUUUAAUUUUUGUAGAGAUUAGCCUAAUUUCUGCUUUAGCAGUUCAAAUAUGUGACAAAUAUGAUUCUGAAUUUUUACUUAGUUUUCUGUAUCCAUCCUUUUUCAAGAUUCCUUUAUUACUUGCUUGAAACCCUAUGUCGUAAAUUGUAAUUAAUUUGAGGGUUUACCUGUACAUUAGUCAA